ACUUCAAACAAACAAAGCAGAAGACAGGCUACAUUUGCGAGACGGCACUACGGCACAACUUUGCGCAGCAUCGAACUAUUCCGAGCGUUGCCGUUGUUUUUCAGGCAGUAAAGUUUGAAAAUAUGAAUCCAAGGGACUAGUCUCGAAAGUGUCAGUCUCCUUGUUGAUGGUGUGCGGUCUGGGCGUCACUGGCAUUGCUCGUUACUGCACUGGUCGGGUCGGAACCCGUUUCUUGUCUGCGUCUGUCAAUGCGGGUGAUUUGCGAGAGAGGGUUUGUCAGUGAAAUCUUGAACUCUAAGCUAUUUUCACAAAACGUAGGUUUAGACUCCAUCAUGGCAGUCACAAAUGAUGAUAAAAUAGCAAAAUUAGAAGCAAAAAUUGCGUCACUUCAACUACAACAUGACUUUCUGAAUGAUCACAUAAAGAUGAUUCAAGGUAAAAACCCAACUCUAGAAGCGAAAGUGAAAGCUGUUAUGGACUGGAAUCAAAAUCUUCAAUUGAAGGUCUUGGGUGAAGUAGACAAUAUAAGAUCUAGAGAACUAGCAACUCAUGAUAAUGAAGCAGGUAAAAAAGAAGCAUCUCAUGACAAGGGGAAGAGCCCUCAGUAGUCAUAUCUUUCAUACCACAGUGUGCACACGCAACAUGUUGUAAGAUGGAACUUCACCUUUGAUUUCUUAUCCUGCUAAAUUAUCCAAAUCACUACAACUACUUCUACCAAACUUAUUUCAAAGUAAAAUAUCUAUUUCGACAUUCUUCAAACUGGCCUUUAGCAAUGUACCCACUCCCUCCAAAAAACUAGUAGUUUUUUUUUUGUAAAUUUUAUGGUUGUUUGGCAAAAAACUUAUUUUACUUAUUUUCUAAGAUAGUAAAUGUCAACUGUACAGUUAAUUUAUGCAGUGAAGCUCAUUGUUGCUUUUCAUAUGUCGCUUCAUCAGAAACACAUUUUGUUCCAUCUUCUGUGCCAAAACUCAACCGCGGUGAUAUGCAAUUUGGAACCUGUGUCUUUGUCUUUAAAUCUUUCUCUCAAGUGCUGUAAAAUAAUUCUUGUACAUGAUGUAUAUAGCAAGCAGGUAGCUUAAAGGUGGGGCAUACUGAAUCUCCAGCAGCUUGCUUUUGUUAUUCAGUUAACAGUAUUAACUUUGUUUCUCAAUGUUUCUAGUCAUAUAUUUUAUUGAAAACAGCAUUGCUGUUGUUGAUGAUCAAUCUUAUAAGCUCUUGAUUAUUUAUUUUCAUCUCAACCCUUUGGACUGAUUUUAUUUUUCUUGGAGAAUGAUCUCUACACUGAAGCUACAAGCUGUGGUCUUGAAACCUUAUUAGAGAAGAGACUAGUGGUAACCCCUCAGGACAACCCUCCGAUACUUUCAAUGAUCUGGACGACACAGGAUCUGACAGAAGGUUUCGUAGUAUUUGUGUAUAAAGAAAGGUAUUUAUAAUAUUCCUGGUGAUGAGGUUGGAGCACAGAGAGUGUACCCUACAUACUUGAGAUCCUCUGUUGAACAAGCCAGAAGCAAUCGUCCCUGAAAAUGGUAAUGCUGCUUGAAUUCUCCAUCGCACAGAUCAUUGAAAGGAGGGGAUAAUACUAGAUGCCGCCCUCUCCCUGCUCCUCCUUGAUUAAUAAUAAUUUUAAUGCUGGUGUAGUGUGUGUAACUUUCCACUCUUAAAAUGUGGACCUUUGUCUUCAGUUGUAUGUAGGAUAGUGUUUUAUUCUUGUACAUUCCACUUUCUGUUUCCAUGUCUUUUGUAUUUCAGUGUCUAUUUGUUUUCAAGCUACUAAACUUGGUUUUAGUUGUGCACUUACUUCGGUUCAUUGUUGAUAAAAUGUUAAACAAAGUGCAUUAACAGCAUGUAAUUCUAAUCAUGAAGGGAAAAAAGCCCUCUUGUAUGCCCCCAAUAUGAUAUGUUUUAGAAGCUCCCGACAUAUGUCAAGAAACAAUUUCUUUGGUCAGAGUCUACACUUGCCCAACAUGAUUAGAAAGAACUGGCAGUAAUUCAAAGUUGGAUGCAGCGUGCACUAUUUCUGCUCAAUGUUUCUUUGUAGUUGAGCUUUGUUCAAGACUCAUACAUAGUUCAAAAUAAUAUGAAGCAAAACUCUUGUUUCCUUCUUGCAGCUUCAUCACAAUUUUAUUGAGGUCAGAUCUGUGAUUUCUUAUGUAGAGGUAUUCAAAUGAUUGUAAUCCAUUUAAGAGGUAACAUUUUAUUUACUGUCAUUGACUUCAAAUCUGUGACAUUCCUUGUAUAUUUGUAUAAUUAAUUGUUAAUGGUUUUAUCGGUUGUGUAAAUAAAUAUUAGUGACAAUUUGUGACAAUA